GUGCACGAUGGCUGUCUUCUCUCUCUCUCUCUCUCUGGCACCACGAAUGCCUCACACCGAGCGAUGGGCAAUCUAACAGUGUCCUACCCGUUUGAUCAGUGCCCUUCCGGUGCCUUUCAGUAGGCAACACAACAACAUUAGAAACACGCAGGAUCGGAUGCGAUCCGGCAAACGCGACUGAACGCGUGUUGCUGAGGACACAAAAUGCAUAUGAACAGCACACACAUCAUGCAACGUCUAGCACUGCCGUCAGCGCUACACACGCAGUUUACGUCGACAAUAAUGGACGACAUGGACGACGUAGCCGCGUUCUGGCAGCACCAUGCUGAGGGUUUCUGUCCACAGGGCAACCCGCUCCACGUUUGGCAAGAAUUACUGCUCAUAGCAGCACGAACGCCUGUACGUUUCCGCGAAGCUUUGCAAGCGGCCGCAGUCGCUGUUGGUGCCCGGUACUGCAACCACGAUACUCCGCCGGGUCCGCUCCCUGAUAUCAGCAAACUGCCGGAGAGGCAGGCCGCCGCACAGCAACAUGCUGGAUUAUGCGGAAAGUACCACGCGGAACACAUCGCCAACAUCGACGUCACCAUGGUGGAAGAGAGGGUAGCAGGAGCUGAGAUCACAACGAAAAGAAUGAGGAAUCAGGCCUGCUACGACGCCGGGACGGCGCUCAACGCGUGAGGCCGUGGGGUUCAGCUGAGGAGGCAGGAGUGCUUCACCCAGGCCUGCCGCGCGGUCUGGCCUGACGACCGGCCGCU